AUGGAAUAUGCCUGGAAUGACAUAGCAUUUCCAGUAAUAUGCAUAUUCCUCUGUUUGCUACAGCAGAGGCAAGAUGCCAUACGGAAUAGGCGAGAUUUGGUGGCGCUAGCUGAGUACCAGCAGAUUGAGAAUUCCCUGAAACGAAUAGAGGCCCAGGAGGAUGUGUUCUGGAGGCAGCGAGCCAAGCAGCACUGGCUACGCGGGGCUGACGCAAACACAAAAUUCUAUCACAGGUAUGCCUCUGCACGUAGGAAAAAGAACUUUAUUUCUAGUAUUAAAUGUGAUGCUGGUAACUGGGUGGAGGGGGAUGAUAUGCAUUCCACUAUACUGAAUUACUUUGACAAUAUUUUUGCCUCUAAUGGAUUGAGCUGUGAUGAUCCGCUAUUUGGGGUCCUAACCCCACGAGUCACGUUAGAACAGAGUAUGAUGCUAGACCGUCCUUUUGAAACUGAUGAGGUUAAAGAGGCUCUUUUUUCAAUGUAUCCGGAUAAGGCACCGGGUCCGGAUGGGUUAAACCCGGGUUUCUACCAGCAGUUUUGGGAGAUAGUGGGAAGAGAUGUAUCUGGCUUUAUAACGAAUGCGUUGAAUUCCUGUGUAUUCCCCGAGGGAUUAAAUGAUACUAACAUUGUUUUGAUCCCUAAGAAAGAGAUGCCUGAGACAGUUGCAGAUUUGAGGUCGAUUGCGUUGAGUAAUGUCAUUUACAGAGUUAUUGCCAAGAUGAUAGCAAAUAGGAUGAAAACACUAAUGGGAGGAUUAAUAUCAGAAUCCCAGAGUGCUUUUAUCCCGGGAAGGCUAAUCACUGACAACAUCUUGGUAGCGGCAGAGGUGGGGCAUUAUCUGAAUAGAAAGCAGUGUGGUGUAGUGGGUUGGAGUGCAUUGAAGCUAGAUAUGUCAAAGGCCUAUGACAGAAUGGAGUGGAACUUUCUAGAAAGGAUGCUGACUGAGGCGGGAGUUAUAAGGCAGUGCCUUGCAAGAAAUACCCAGGAGAAUGACAGGGCACAGGUAGCGGAUUGUCUGGGGGUGGUGCAAGCAUCCAAUUUUGAGAAAUAUUUGGGCCUACCUUCCUUUGUGGGGAGAAAUAAGAGAGCUGUUUUUUCAUAUGUGGAGGAGAGGAUCAGGCAACGAAUUGGUUCGUGGAGUAAAAAGUUACUUUCUCAGGCUGUUUGUCAGUCAAUUGAGCGAACUAUGAAUAAGUAUUGGUUGGGGAAUGGAAGAGACAGGGGAAUACAUUGGAAGGCUUGGGACAAGUUGUGCAUACCAAAAAAGUAUGGUGGUAUGGGUUUUAAACAGCUAAGGGCUUUUAAUCUAGCUAUGCUGGGAAAACAGGCAUGGUGUUUUUUGACGGACCCAGGAACACUCACAGCUAAAAUCUAUAAGGCAAGGUAUUAUCCCACAACCAGUUUUACAUAUGCAACUAUUGACAAUUGCCCAAGUUACUGUUGGAGAAGUAUAAUGGCAGCCCAUGCAAUGGUAGUCUCAGGGGUGCGAAUGAGGAUUAGGAAUGGACAGACAACUUUAAUAUGGGGACAUCCGUGGUUAAGAGAUAAUCCUAACCCAUUGAUUCAAACAGAAAUGCCAGAACAAUUGUGGGAGGCACGGGUUGCAGGAUUAAUUGAUUUACAGACUCAUACCUGGGAUCCACAUAUUUUAUCUGACUUGUUUAUUCCUGAGGAUGUGGAGCGAAUAAAUAUGAUCCCUAUUAGUCCUGAUUACGAAGACUCAUGGUAUUGGAUGAGUGACCCAAAGGGGACAUAUACAGUCAAGAAUGCCUAUAGGCGUAUUGUGGGUGACUACGAAAAUAAUCCCGCGAUUUUCAAUAAAUGGAUUACAAUGUGGAAAGUAAAAGUCCCCCAAAUGGAAAACUUUCUUGUGGAGAGUCAUAUGUGA